AUGGUGAUGAAACCAUUUCCGUUUUAUAAUGGUUUGCAUUUAUUAUCUUUAAUUAUUAUUAUUACCAAAAUUGUGUUAGUUCAAUCGUCUUCCCAGGAAACCUUUGACUAUAAGAAUAAUGAUUUGUUGAAUUUUAAUGUUAAUAAGAACAAUAACGAAACAUGCCCUCCAUGUUUUAAUUGUAUGCUACCAAUCUUUGAAUGUAAACAAUAUUCAAAUUGUAAUUCAUAUACUGGUCAAUGUGACUGUAUAGAUGGGUUUGGUGGUGAUGACUGUGCUCUACCACUAUGUGGUUCAUUACAACCACCAAUUGACAAUGACAAGGGUAAUUCUGCUAAUAAUCUCAACAGACCUUUGCGUAACGAAACUUUAGGUAAGUGCACUUGUGAUGAUGGUUGGGGUGGCAUUAACUGUAACGUUUGCGAACAAGAUAACGUUUGUGAUAUUUUUAUGCCUGAUAAAUCCAUUAAAGGUACUUGUAAUAAAAAUGGUAUCAUUGUUAAAAAAAUCAACCAAUAUUGUGACGUUACUAAUGAAAAGAUUUUAUCAAUUUUGAAAGGAUCAAUUCCACAGGUUACAUUUGCUUGUAAUAAAUUGGAUAAAAAUUGUAAUUUCCAAUUUUGGGUUGAUCAAAUUGAAAGUUUCUACUGUGGUUUAGAUAAUUGUACUUUUAAUUAUGAUUUGGAAAAAAAUACUACACAUUACGAAUGUGAAGAUAUUAAGUGUAAAUGUAUUCCAGGUACCUUCCUUUGUGGUAAAAAUGGAUCAAUUGAUAUUUCGGAAUUUUUAUCUGAAACUAUUAGAGGUCCUGGUGAUUUUGCCUGUGAAUUGGGUGAAAAUAAUUGUAAAUUUUCUGAACCUGCUAUGAAUGACUUGAUCCUAACUGUUUUUGGUGACCCUUAUAUCACGCUUAAAUGUGAUUCAGGUGAAUGUAUGCAUUAUUCAGAAAUUCCAGGUUACGUUUUACCUCCUGACCGCUCAAGAUUUGGUUGGAGAUCCAACAUAGUUUUAGGUAUUACCUUUUUGGUCUUGGUAACUUUGGUUGGAAUUUCUGUUCUAAAUAUUAGCAAAAAUUCACCUUUAUUUCAAAAUAGUUCAAUUAGAUUACCAAUUUCAGGUGAUGAUACUGGAAAUGGAGUUUCACAAGAAAGUUUCCUAAAAACUGAUUCAUCUGCAACUCUAUCCUUUGAAAAUGUCUCCUAUUACAUUAAUAACGAAGAAAACGAAUUCGAACCAAGAAAGAUUAUACACAAAGUUUCAGGGUUAGUAAAACCUGGUGAAAUAUUGGCUAUCAUGGGUGGUUCAGGUGCAGGUAAGACAACUCUAUUAGAUAUUCUAGCAAAGAAAAGAAAAACUGGUAGAGUUUCAGGUACAUUGAAAAUCAAUGGUAUUGAUAUACCAAGAAAUAAAUACACAAAAUUAAUUGGUUUCGUAGAUCAAGAUGAUUAUCUUUUGCCAACUCUAACUGUCUAUGAGACUGUGCUAAAUAGUGCAUUAUUACGUUUACCAAGAUCAAUGUCAUUUGCUGCUAAAAGAGCUCGUGUUUUCCAAGUUUUAGAUGAAUUGAGGAUUUUAGAUAUUAAAGAUAGAAUUAUUGGUAAUGAUUAUGAAAGGGGAAUUAGUGGCGGUGAAAAAAGGCGUGUUUCCAUCGCUUGUGAAUUAGUUACUUCUCCACUGAUUUUGUUUUUGGAUGAACCAACCUCUGGUUUGGAUUCCAAUAAUGCAAAUAAUGUAGUUGAAUGUCUUUUGAGGUUGAGCAAAGAUUAUAAGAGAACUUUAAUCUUUUCUAUACAUCAGCCUAGAUCGAACAUUUUCCACUUAUUUGAUAAAUUGGUCUUAUUAAGUAAUGGUGAUAUGAUUUAUUCUGGCGACGCUAUAAAAGUUAAUGAUUUCUUAAGAAACAGCGGCUAUGAAUGUCCAGAAGGUUAUAAUAUUGCUGAUUAUCUGAUAGAUAUAACAUUUGACUUGGCCCCAAAUUUAAAGACCAAUAACGCUAAAUCUCGGAUCCAUGACGCAGAAAAUAUUUUAUUACAGGGAAAUGACUCAGCACAAAAGAAUAUGACGAGAUCUGUAACCCAGGGUGAAUGGGAACAUUUUGCGACACAUAGAGAUGAGAUGAGAAACUUACUUCAAGAGAGCUCGGCGCCAGAGAAUGAAACUGUUAAUUCAAUGAAUUCUAAGUUAUUAUGCAAAAAGUUCAGGGAUGGGCAGUUCUUUGAUCAGCUAGUCUCUGAAAUUGAUCAAAGUGAUACUGAAGCGUCAACAAAUUCUACAUCAUUGGCAGUUCCUUCGGUUAAGAAGGCAGCAUCAUUCGGUCAACAAUUGUCUAUUUUAUGUUCCAGAUCCUUUAAGAAUGUGUAUAGAGAUCCAAAGUUAUUAUUGGAAAAUUAUGGUUUAACCGUUCUUUUGGCGUUGUUCUUGGGGGCAUUGUACUAUAACAUUACAAAUGAUAUUAGUGGUUUCCAAAAUCGUAUGGGUUUAUUCUUUUUUAUUUUAACGUACUUUGGGUUCAUUACUUUUACAGGUUUAAGUUCAUUUUCUUUUGAAAGAAUAAUAUUUAUCAAGGAAAGAUCGAAUAAUUAUUACUCUCCUUUAGCAUAUUAUUUAAGUAAAAUUAUUAGUGACUUGAUACCUUUAAGAGUUAUUCCUCCAGUUUUGUUAGCACUUGUUAUUUAUCCAAUGGCGGGUUUAAAUUUGAGGGAAAGUGGUUUUCUCAAAUUCAUUAUUAUUUUGAUUCUAUUUAACUUCGGGAUAUCAUUAGAGAUAUUAACAAUUGGUAUUACAUUUAAAGAUUUGAAUAAUUCGAUAAUAUUAAGUGUGUUGGUAUUGCUUGGCUCCUUAUUAUUUAGUGGUCUUUUCAUUAAUACCCAAGAUAUUACCAAUGUUGCAUUCAAAUAUUUAAAGAAUAUUUCGAUUUUCUACUAUGCAUAUGAGGCUCUACUGAUCAAUGAAGUAAAAACUCUGAUUCUUCGUGAAAAAAAAUAUGGACUUAACAUUGAAGUACCGGGAGCAACUAUAUUAAGUACAUUUGGUUUCAAGGUUCAAAACUUAUUUUUCGAUAUUAAGAUAUUAGCCUUGUUUAAUGUAGUAUUUUUGAUUUUGGGUUAUUUAUCAUUGAAACAUUUAGUAGUUGAGCAAAAGUAA